GAGCCGUGACGGGUGGCUGUGGGCAGUGAGUGGGUAUGGCGAACCCGCCUCGGGGCUGCCGAGAGCUUCCCGGCCGUGCCCCGCGACCUGCAGCUGCCGCCCAGUCAGGGGGCCAGGCCCGCGUUCCCAGAGCAAAGAAGAGAAAACCUCAAGGAACUUCUUUAAGAAGGAAAAACACGUUUUGUAUACAAAGAGGAAGAUCAGAUAUUAUCCAGUAAAGAUCGGAGAAUGAUGACAUCUGAACACCAGGUCCAAGAAAGGACAAAAGUUCUGAAACUUAAAACAAAAAUGAAUCCGUCUGACUGAGUGGAAAGCUGGCAGAGGAAGAGUGCCGAAAAGGCCUUCUAGCUCUGUACUUACCCAGCUAGAACCUGAAGGACAAAAUGAAAACCCUGUUGGGUCUUUCUGGACUACCAUGGCAGAAGAAGACGAGCAGAGACUAUUUACUGAAAAAGUAAACAAGAUAUUCUCUGAAUGCCUGAACCUGAUUAAUGAGGGAUGCCCAAAAGAAGAAGUAUUGGCCACACUGAAUGACCUGGUUAAAAAUAUUCCAGAUGUCAAAAAACUUGUUAAAUAUUGGAUAUGCCUUGCACGUCUUGAACCAAUUACAAGUUCUAUAGAAAAUAUUAUCACGAUUUAUGAGAAAGCCAUUCUUGCAGGGGCUCAGCCUAUUGAAGAGAUGCGACAUGCAAUUGUAGAUAUUCUAACACUGAAGAGUCAAGAAGAACUUAAUUUUGGAGAAAAGACCAAGGCUUGUGCAGCCACAGAACAAAUCCAAGAAGUCAACACCGAUAACAUAGGUGUUAACCUAGAGCCAGGAAAACUGGAAAUGGAAAAUAAACAACCUAGAAAUGUGAUAUUUCAGGACUGUGAAGAACAAGAGGACAAAACAAAAGAACCCAUCAGUGAUGCUAAAACCCCCAGUAAAGAAACUAGAGCAAGUUCCUUAAUUAAAUACAAUAUUUCUGCCACACCAUACUUGCAAAGUAUAAAAAAGAAGAUGCAGUUUGAUGAAACAAAUUCUACGUUUAAAGAGCUGAAGUUUCUAACGCCAGUGAGACGUUCUCGACGUCUUCAAGAGAACAAUUCCAAAUUGCCAGCUACGCUAAAAGACCAUUAUCCUUGUGUGUCUUCACUGGAGCAGCUGGCAGAAUUGGGAAGCGAAACGGAUGCUUUUGUGUGCCGUCCUAAUGCAGCGCUCGGUAGGAUGUGCUCAGAGGCUGAAGCAGCAGAGGAGAAGUAAAGCUCGGAUGAGGAAUGGGGUUUUAAUAUAAAUAUGGAAAUGCAUCAUCAGAAAAUGAGAUGUUCUAGGUAAACUUUUUAUAAAAGAAGUUUCUUUGCGGUAAGAUGGAAAAGGUGUUAAACUUAGUGGCUAUUAGAAACUUUAAAACUAGCCUGAGUUUCCAUCUUAGUUAAAAUUUCAACUUCUGUAGCUUUGUUUGAUGUAGUUUAUAGGGAGUAUUAGAAUGGAGUUAGGGAUAGAAUAUAUAAUAUUUAAUAACUGUCAUUCUAGUUUAGGUAGCAUUUCUAAAAUAAUAGUUAUUUUCUUCUACAUGAUAUAAAAACUUGACUGUUAAAUCAUGUCCCUUGAAACAUGGCCAUUAUAUAUAGUUAACAUUUCUCUUCUCACACAUAAAUAUCACUAAUAAAAUUGUUUUGUAAAGUCCUGAAGUAAUACUUAGAUUUGGUAGAUACCUCCAUAAUCUCCAGCUCUACACAGUUUCAAAUAAGUGAUUUUUCAUUGUAAAAGAUUAGUUUUAAAACGAAUGUGAUAGAAGAUCCCAUAUUUCAUCUUUUAUUUAUGUUCAUUCAUUCUGUUUGUGUAAUAGCAGUUAGCUUUGUUCUUGAAACUGUCUUCUGUUCUGGAGAGCAGGAAUUUUAUUUCUUUUUAACUGUGUACCUAAUAU